CUUGAAUAGAGAUGAAAUGCGACCACAGACCACUUCCUGGUUGAGAAAUUAAAAAAUGUUUGUAGAUAAUGUAAGAUCAUCUAAAUAUACAAUCUAAUUGAAAAUGGGAGAGUCCAAGUGUUUACACAGUGGUGACUUUUCAUUACAAAAUAAAGGAGUGUUUAAGUCAUCAUGGGUGAAAAAAUACGGAGUACUGUACGGCAAAACACCAGAUCAGCACGCAUAUUUGGAAAUAUAUGAAAGUCAAGAGACAUUUAUAGAGAAUAAAGGGAAAGGGAAACCGAGUGAGAAAAAAUAUGAGCUACAGCAUGUUAAAUCUGUGAAUUUGAAAGUUGAGAAAAACAGCAAAGGUGGUACAGACUAUCAAAUAGAAAUAGCAUUUACAAGAGGCCAAAAGGUUUUUAUGAUGUUCGAAAAUAAAACCCAGAGUGAUGACUGGCAUACAAAGUUAAGCCUAGCAGCAGACAUAGCAGAUGGUGAUAGAACCAGUGAUGGGCCAUCGUUGAGCAUAGAACAUGAGCUGGAGAAUGACGACGACGACAGCAAUGACAGUGAUGACGAAGUCAUCACUCUCAACCAGAUGUAUGGUGGAGGUCAAUCAAAUUUUCAGAAAUUUGCGGUGACUGUGGAACCAUCGCCGUUAGCGAAACUGUGUGGGGUAGAGGGAGAAAUGACUAUUAUGCUCUCAGACCAACAGACAAUGAGGUUUGAAGAUUCCAAAACCCACAAAAGCAUGUACAGUUUUCAGCUGGCCUGGAUGCGAAGAUUUGGGAAAAAAGGCCCCAGCCACUUCUACUUUGAAUGUGGACGAAAAUGCCCAAAUGGCGAAGGCACGGUGACCUGUCAGACGGAAAGUGCUAAAGCAAUGCAUAAAGCCAUAACUCAACUCUCAAAGAGUAGAAGUGAUAUAGUUAUCCCUAAGAAGAAAGAAGGGAUGCAUUCAAAAGAGCCUGCUGAAGAGCUCAGGACAAGUACUGGACAAAUAACUGCACCGUCACAUGCUUUAAAUGUGCGACGUAACCACCCAGGCAUGCAGAAAAUGCCAAUUCUUAUUCCUAUUAAACAACCCAGUAAUGGAGAUGCUACAUCUUAUGAUGAUGCACCAAGCUCACCUUUAAGAAGCUCAGCUGGAAGUGGAGGGUCUCCUGUUGAAGCGCCUAGUCGCUCAUCAGGUAAAAGUAAAUCAAAACCAGAUAUUGUCCAGGAAUUAACAGAAAAAGUUGGUUCAAUGAUUAAAAAAGAUGACCAAAAAAGCAUUAAGUCCAAAGAUGAAUUAAAGAAAGAAAAGAAGGAGAAGGAAAGGAGAGAGAAGGAGGAGAAAAAGGAAAGAGAGAGAAAAGAAAAGGAAGAGAAACGGGAGAAGGAGAAACGAGAGAAAGAUGAGAAAAAGAAGUCCAAGAAAAUAGAAAGUACUGAUAUGCCAGUAAAAAAACGUUCAAAAGAGAGAAUCUAUGAUGAACCUGAAAUUGAUUACGACAAUAACCAAGUUGUUGAUGACACUUAUGAUACAGCUAUGAGCCCUACACCAGACACCAAACAACAACCUGCUAAAAAGCGUUCAGUGAUAAAACCAGACUUAUUAUAUGAAGAUGCUGAACCAGCAUGCAAUAAUGCUGCUUCAGCUCAAAAUGCUGUGGAGUAUGCUCAGCCAUAUAUAAAAAAGGGUGGUGUUCCAAUUCCAGCACAAGGUGUGGAGUACGCUGAAGUGGGAAACAUUAAUAAAGCUGCAUGGAAGGAGCAAGGCCGUACUGAUGAGGAGACAAUCCAUGAGGAAAACUACAGCAACAUAAAAGAAGCAAGAGAAGAAAUAAGCAAUCCACCAUCUUUACCAGAGCGAAGAUAUAACGAAGAUGAUGAUGAUGAUGAUGAUGGGGAAAAUAUGUACAAUACAGCCAAUCUAAUACCAGGAAAAGCAAAAAGACAUGAUAAUAAGAAACCUGAGAAUAUCUAUGGCAUUAAAAGUGCUAAGCCAGCUGGUCCAAUUAUGCCAGAUCCAGCUGCUGAUUAUUCUUCUGCCGAGGAGGAAGAAGAAGAGGAAGGAGAUUAUGCAGUGGCGGAAGAGGCGCCAGGUUAUGAAGAUCCAAAAAGCCUUAUGAACACAAACACUAGAGCGUCUGCACCCAUUGACGGUGCAUAUGAAGAAACUGAACUAGCACAAGCCAAGCCAGUGAAGCCGUCAAAGAUACCACCAAAACCAAUGUCAAUGAAGAAACCACAUCCAGUGAUACCACAGCCGCAAGAAUCUUUAUAUGAAGUAGUUGACAAGAAAUAGUGUCGGUAGCAUGAAGAGAUCAUAUUGAUCAUUUUAUAAUUUUCCUUUUUAUGUAUGAUCACUUCAUUAGCUCGUCUAUUAUUUAAAAUUCAGAGUAUCGUGAUAGCCUUGUUGUCAGUGUCGACAUCAUUGUGUAAAGACUUUAACCUUGGCCCCAACAAUAUAUUCAACUUCUUUAGCUGGAGACAAUGGUCAUCAAGGCCUAACUCUGUCUUUAAUAAAGAGUUGAGUUCGGUCCCUUGUUUUUUCUAUGAAAUAAUACAUUAUCGAGUGUUAGCGUUCAUUCUGGCACUCAUCUUUUGGUUUUGAGUGAUAAGACAACAAAGUCCAUUACUUAACAGUAAUGAAUAUCUUUAAUCUUGACAGAGAAUAUGGCUUUAAAUCAUUGAUGAUAAUGAAAAGCUUCUUGGGGGUUUUUAAGUGCUUUUUUAGAAGAUUUUUUUUUGUGUUAGGAAGCAGAGUAUUUCAAAAACUGAUUUGAAUUCACAUUGGUCAUGUUAGUGGUCCAAUUAAUUUAUCAUUGCAUACAUUUUGUGAAAGCAAAAUAAAUGAACUUUUGCUUGUAAUGAUAUUAAUCAAUGGUGUCAUUCAAUGUGCAGAAUAAUCUUAAAAUAUUCAUUUUAUUUUAUACAAAUUCUGACUGUGUCUGACAGAAUAUACAUGACCAUAAUGUAUGGACAUGUAUAAUUUCACAUAUUAGGUUACAUUUUUGAAGCUACCAAGCCAAAUGGUGACAUAGUUCAAUAACAUGCACUCUUAAGUUAAAUUCAAAGGGAAGUUAUUUUAGGUAAGACAUCCAUCAUAAGGAUGCAAAGAUAUGUUAAUACAUUUUAGAUAUUAACAUAGAUAUUAUUUCAAUGUUUGAUUUAUAUUGAUUAACCAUUAUAUCAUUUUUGAAUAGAUAAGAUUUUUGAAUAACUCCAUAAUUACGCUUUUAUUAUAAAAUGAUGUAUAUAAGGGAGGUAACAAAAUAAUGUUUUAUAUGAUUAUAAAGCAACUUUAUUAAUUUGUUUCUUAAAGAACAUAAUGUCUAUACAAAAAAAGCUCUUGGUGAAAAAAUUAAAAAAAUUCAAACCUAACAUAAUGAAACUUAAUUACCAGUGGAUUUUUUUUUGUAUAAAUGAUGGAUGGAUUACCUAAAAAUGGUUUUAUUAGGUAUUGGAUGUACAAAUAAGCUUUUCAUUUUCAUCAAUCCAGUGCCUUUAAAUCCCCAAGUGAUUUCAGACUGCAUCACUAUGAACAAAUCAAAUUGCUGCCUGUUACCAUGAGCAAACAGAUUACUUAACAUUAAAAAAAGUAGUUUAAAUGUUAAUAGUUUUGUUGUUCUGUUGAUAAUUGGAUGCAUUUGUUAUUUUCAACAUGCAGUUUUUCAAGAAAAGUGGUCCAAACCAACAUUAUUUUCUGUGUCAUUCCAAUGGAGAUAGUUUUCUCAAGUUCAUUAGGUGUUAUUAUUUUAGUUUCAGUAAUAUGUAUAAUUAUACUUUUUCUAUUUCAAUAAUGAUCUUAAGGCUUAAGAUACACAGGCAUAAGCCCAUCUUGGCGUAAUCUGCAUUUCAAUGAAAACAUUUUAUGAACAUGACUAUGCAUAGAUUCUGUGAGAGUGUCACUGGCAACUCAAAAUUAGCAGUGUAAGGUUUCAACUAAGAUAUCUUAUCGAAACGGGCUCCAGAUACAUUCAAGUGCUAUAUUAAGCCACAAAUAAUAAAUAGCCUGUUUUCCCGUCAUCCACAUUUUAAGGAUUUCAAGGUGUGGGUGGGUGGGUAGUUGUUUUUGUUUACUUUCCAACCUUUCAGUUCUAAAAUGAAAAAAAAACAACAAUAAUAACCACCAGAGAAUCUUAAAAAAAUAAUCGGGCUGAAGGUAUUUUUCUUGGACACUUGGAAAAUACCAAACAAACUAUUUGUUUAUUUAGGUCUUAUUUUCACUAUCAUAUUUCUAUGGCUGUAUUUUUGAGUUAGUAAAAUACAUUAUGAGGAGAUAUUGAAUAUCAGACAUAACAUUAAUAACAUAAUUCUUUCCUGUUUACCUCAAAGUUGGUUUCAUGAAAAAAUCAAAAACUGCAGAUUGAUUACUAUAAGUAUUAAUAUUUUUUGUAUAUGUUUGUCUUGAAUUAUAACCUUGAGUAUUGUAUAUCUGAUAAAGCAAUAUAUUUCCUUGUUGAUAGUUGAAGUUUGCAAACUGUACAGGUCUUUCUUUUUAUGUCAAAUUAAAAUUUUUGUUAUCUUAUAUUAUCUAUCAACUGACAGGUUUACCUGAGUUGUGAAUCUAUCACAAUCAAGCAGGAAGAAAAUUUUGUAUUAUAUAUAUGUAUUUUGAUAGCUAAUCUUGUCAUUGACAAGAAGUCUGAUUUGAGAUACACAGCAAGAUUGUAUCAGCAUGUCUUAAAUUAUUGAUAUGAUAAAAUUAGCAAAAGUUAUAAUUUGAAUAUUAUUGGGUCGAUUGUUCAGAAGUUAACAAUGUGAUUUACAAUAAUCAUUGUUAAAGAUGCACUCUUGAUAACUUACGAAGAUUUAACGCAAUUAUUCAUAUUGUUUUAAUAUUCCAAAAAAGAUGAAUAAAUGGCGAAAAUAAUGGUUCCUAUGAAGGAUACCGAGUUUAAUUUGAACGAAAUGAGAAUAAAACACCGUAUUUCUACCUUAUGAGGCUAUAGUUACAGACCACACUAAAUAUUUUAGCAUUCACCAAUCAUUUCAUAUCUUUGUGCUUUCUGCUAUUAAAUACACAGUUAGAAUCUUGUUAUCAGUAAUUAAUAUUUUCCAUAAAUGCAUUAUUUAGUAAGAACUUAAAGAUUUAUCAGUCAAAAUGUAUAUUUGUUUUACAUGUGUAUGUAUUGAUUUUGAAACUUAAAAUUUCAAAUGUGAAAUGUUUGAUGAUGUGCUGAUAUAUUUGCAUAAAGCAAGUACAGCUAAACAGUUGUCUAAAAUCUUGUCAGAAAUACUUCAGUUCUCAAGUGCAUUAAUUAAACUUCCAGAGCAGUUAAGAUUUGAAAGUUAACAACAAUGUUGUUAACUUCGUUGUUAACUAAAUGAAGUUUUGAACAAUCGGCCCAUUGUUAGCUUUCUACUUCCGCCAAAGUGUGAUAGAAGGGCACAGUAGCCUGUCCUUUUUUGGUGGCAUCAUUCUUUUGUUAUGGAGACCAGCCUGGCCAUCCUUCUGCCUUCAUAGAACAUUAUCCUUAAUGAUGCACUCUUACUCUCAAAUAAAAUGUACCAUAAUUAAAACAAUUGUUUUUAUAUACCAAAAAGAAUGACUAACUAUCGAAAACAUGGGUCUUAUGAAAGAUACUGUGUUUAUUUGAAAGGAAGGUGCAGAACCAGUCAUUUAAUAUUUGUGCAUUUUCAGCUAUUAAAUACACGGUUACAAUCAUGUUAACAGUUAUUUAUAAUUUCCAUAAAUGCAUUAUUAAGUAAGAAGUUAUGGUUUAUCACUCAAAAUUUAUAUUUGUUAUACAUGAGUUUGUCUGGAUUUUAAAAACAAGUUUCACUUUAAGAAGUUAUGGUAACCAAAUAGUUCUUUUGUUUUGAUUAAAGAUAAGAAAUGCAUGCAAACUUUAAAUAUAUGGCAGUUGAAACCUAACAAUUAUGACUUCAGUUACUAUUUUUUCUGUCCAAUUCAUAAUUUAAAAAUUCUAUUUAGCCCUGAAGAGUACACUGUGCCAUUUUUUCCAAAGCACCCUUUUCCUCUUGAAGUGCAGCACGCUGCCCUUUUUUCAAACCUUGCUAAAGUGCUAUAAUAGAUUUAGUAAACUAGUUUUAUGGUAAAUGAAUUUAACAUAAUUUAUAUGAUAGAGUUUCAUUAUACUUUAUGUAAGCCUUUUUGCUGUUGUAUAUAUAUAUAGCACAUAUAAUGUUAGUGUGCCAUGCAAUGCUAGGUGCAGUAAGUAUUUGCAUAUUUCACAAUAAUUUUGCUUUAAUUAUUUACCAGCUUUCACCUGGCCCCAAAAACACUGAAGUCAAAUCAUUAUCUUAAUCUCAAUCUAAUCUGAUUUUACCAUAUAACAUCAAAAGUUAAAAUUCAUAAAAGUUGUUACGCCUUAUAAAAGUGCAUUUCAUCAUAUAUUUAAACCUCCGAUCAAGAUUCCAAUAGAAAAAUAUUCAACAUCCAAAAAAGAAUUUGAGUACAAUUCGUUAUUUUUUAACAAUUACACAGGUAUAUUUUUUUUGCUCCAGAAUGUUUUUCUUUGAAAAAUUGACAUUUCUUUUAUCAACACUUUUCAUUAAAAAAGUACAUUUUCAAAACAUAUAAAGACAUGCAAGGUUUUAAUGAUACUUUGCUUUUAUGUGGUAAAAUAAGUUGAGAUUUGACAUGAGUAUUAACGAGUUAAGGUUAUGAAAUUUCAACAUAAUGUAGUGAAUUGUUUUUGUUUUUAAGGCAAAAUUAUGUACAAUAAUUCAGGGAUGUGAGUUGUCCGUGGAUAAGCUGAUUUCCACAGAUAAAAAAAUAGUGGGACCAAAAUAUAGAUUAAAAAUAUUCUACAUACAUGUAAGAUUAUAUUUAUUUGAAAGUGUGGAGAGACCAUAAAAAUAAAGAGCCAGGAGAGCCCUCAAAAGGACUUCUAAAAGCCCAUUUUGAUCCUGUUGCAGGAUGCGUAGCACCCUUGAGGGGCAUAAAUCUGCACUCUCACAGAUUUACCCUUUUUACAACUUUUUUUAUUUUUCGUCUUGGGAAGAGCAAAUUUUUGCGUAAAUAUCUGCAAACCAAUGAUAUAAGGACAAAAAUCAUAUCAUAGAUUUUCAUAUUUCAGUUUGAAAAUUAACGUUUUAUGGCUUAAACUGUUACUAACGGUUUAAAAAAAAUGCAUAAAACAUCAAUAUUUGAACUUAAGUAUAAAAAUCUGCGAUCUUAUUUUUUGUCAGCAGUCUACUACAGGUUUCAAUGGAUUGUCGCAAAAAUUUGCUCGUUCCAAGACAAAAAAUAAAAAAGUUGUCAAAACGUUCAAUCUGUGAGAGUGCAGCUUUAAAGCAGCCCCUUAAAACCCCUUGUCAAAAUGGUUUCAGCCCAUCAGCUGCUAGGUCAAUAACAUCCCUGUAGAUUUAGUAUUAUGGGGUACAUGUAGAAAAGUAUUAUCUUUUUUUGUAUUUUUGUAAAUUUUCUAAGGAGUACUUAGAUGUGGUCAGUGAUGUUUUUAUGUAUAUAUGUAUGACUUUCUGUUAAAAAUUUAUUAUUUUACAAUUGUUACACAGUUGUUCGAUAUACUUGAAUUUCUAACAUUGAUUAUACUCGCUCUUCCAAGUUAAGGAGAUAUAUUUAUUUUAAUUGCUUCAGAUGGUACAUGUGUAUGUACUAAAAAUUAUAAACAUAAUUUUAUUUAUAGAAACUUUAAAUAUCAGAUUAUUACUAGUAUAAUACCGUUCGCUUUGUAAUUCACUGAUUUUGGGAUACCUGUACCAGGUGCUUUAUUGAGCUUUAAAUCACACAAUAGUUAAUGUACAAAUUGUACUGCUAAUCUAAAGCUGCACUCUCACAGGAUGAACGUUUUUACAACCUUUUUUAUUUUUGUCCUGGAACGAUCCAAUUCAUGCUAAAAUACAUGUAAACCAGUCAUAAACCGGCUGACAAAAAAUAUGAUCACAUAUUUUUUUUUAGUUCAAAAAUUGAUGUUUUAUGCAAUUUUUUUAAACCGCUAGUAAUGGUUUUAGCCAUAAAACAUUAGUUUUGGAAUGGAAAUAUGAAAAUCUGCGAUUUGAUCUUUUAUAUAGUCUUUUAUCAGUGGUUUGCAGAUAUUUUGGCAAAAAUUUGCUCAUUUCAACACAAAAAAUAAAAAUGUUGUAAAAACGGUAAAUCUGUGAGAGUGCAGCUUUAAGCGAUUAAUCUUACAUUUAUAUAAAAAUAUUAUAAAUUGUAUAUUGAGUGUGUCCUAACAUGAAUAAACACCAAAAUGAAUGCAUCAUCAUGUUGUGUAGAGAUGGCAACUUGAAGUGGUUUCAUAGAAUAUCUGUAACUUAAGUAUAUUGUGUUUACGCUCUAAUCUGUUAUAUAGCCAGAAUAAAGAAAAAAUGUGUCA